AUGGCAACAGACUUCUACACGCAGCAUGUUGGAGCUACUCUGAGGCCCCAGGCUGACAAGGUCCGGGCCAUCUUCGAUACUGCGAACGGAUGGGAAGUCUGGGCGCAGGUCGAACUGGCACUGCAGAUGAGGCAGACUAUGCAGGGCUACGACCAGUUCGGGCUGCAAUUCGGAAGCUUCGAGCGCGAGCGAGCGAUGUACGAGGGCAGCCAGCAGCGCUGCGACUUCUCAUCCUCCUUUACUGAUCACAACGGACACCCCCACUACCACUUCGUCGAGUUGAAGUGCCUGAGCAAAGGGAAGCUCGAUUACUUUGUGGGCGAAGUCAAGAAGGAUUUUCAGAAAGUUAUGGGCGCGGAUAUCAGGCAGUCGUGGGCCACCAACGCAUGGUACGCCGCAGGCUGGGUUGUCGCCAUCACUGUCGAUCCGGGACGACGGGGCGGGGUGGACGCGCGGAUGCAGCAGCUCGCACAGGAAAUGAAUAUCCAGUGGCUUAACAGCGGCUUGACAAGAAUCACAGAUGACAUUCAAGUCUGGACUUGGACUCGACAAAUUGUUCAGAACGGCCAGCCUGUAUGA